AGUGGUAGAUUUUUUUAUGACAGACAGGAUGGUAGAAAAUUUAAAGAAAAUAUAAAUUGGCUUGUGGAAGGAAACUGGAAUGUUGAUUUUGAUGGUUGAUUUCUAUGCAUAUUGCUCACUACAACGCUUUAUUUACAAAACAAUACACAACCAUAUUUUUUCAAUGUCGUCUUGAAAUCCUACAAACCAACUAUCAAAAUGUCUGCGGAAUCUGAUAUGGAAUAUUCAGACAACGACGGCGAUGAUUACGAUUACUACGGAGGACAAGAUGACUGCGAUAUGGAGACGGUCGACCGCAGUAAAUCAGACCCAGAGUAUUUUUUAUUUUCAUGCCUGAAAGUAGAGGAAGUAGAGAAAUUGCUAAACGAAUCCAUUGAAUUGCUCAGCAAUAGCCUUCAAAUAACGCCUUCACUCGCCAAGGUAAUGUUACAUGCAUAUGAAUGGAAUGCUCAAGAAAUAAUAAAUAAAUACAAGGAAAAUGCCAAUGAGGUCCUGGUGUACAGUUAUGUAAAGCCCAGUGUGCCCUCGGCUCAAGCUGGCACCAGUCAAACAGCAUGCGCUGUAUGUGCCAACACUCCAAUGCUUCAAAAUUAUAGUGCUUUGGCUUGUGGACACUACUUCUGCAAUGAUUGUUGGGCUAUGCAUUUCGAAGUACAAAUUAUGCAAGGUGUUUCAAACACCAUUCAAUGUAUGGCUCAAGACUGCGAAGUCAGGGCUCCAGAAGAUUUUGUGCUUUCCCAUGUUCCAAAGCCAGGUCUAAGGGAGCGUUAUCAGCAAUUUAUGUUUAAGGAUCAUGUGAAGUCUCAUCCUCAACUUAGAUUUUGUCCUGGGCCUAAUUGUCAGUGGAUAUUCCAAGCUCGGACACGAGAGGGCGCGCGCAGAGUGGAAUGUCGUGGCUGUGAGCUGCUUACUUGUUUUUCAUGUGGUGCACCUCAUCAUGCACCCACAGAUUGUAUGACGAUACGGCGUUGGCUCACCAAAUGUGCAGACGACUCCGAAACUGCUAACUAUAUAAGUGCUCAUACAAAGGAUUGUCCUAAAUGCCAGAUUUGUAUAGAGAAAAAUGGAGGCUGCAACCAUAUGCAGUGUGGAGCAUGCAGACAUGAUUUCUGUUGGGUUUGUCUGGGUGAUUGGAAGACUCACGGUUCAGAGUAUUAUGAAUGCAGUCGCUAUAAAGAGGAUCCUAAUUUGGCUAAUGACAGUCAACAUGCACAGGCACGAGAAGCUUUGAAAAAAUAUUUGCAUUAUUAUGAGAGAUGGGAAAAUCAUGCAAGAUCAUUAAAAUUGGAAGAACAAACUUUGGCAAGCCUUAAGAGUAGAAUAAAUCAAAAGGUGAUGGCUGGUGAAGGAACCUGGAUUGAUUGGCAGUACCUUUGGGAUGCAGCAAGACUGCUGAAGCGUUGCAGAUACACUUUGCAAUACACCUACCCAUAUGCUUAUUAUAUGGAACUUGGACCUAGGAAAGAGUUAUUUGAGUAUCAACAGGCCCAAUUAGAAGCUGAAAUCGAGAAUUUGUCUUGGAAAGUGGAAAGAGCAGAAACAACAGAUCGUGGAGACUUAGAAAACCAAAUGGAUAUUGCGGAAAAAAGGAGGACAACACUAUUAAAGGAUUUCCUAGAAUUCAAUACCAGUAGCGCCUCUAGUAGCAAAGUAUGAGAAAACUCCACAAGAUGCAUUUUAAAAUAAAUCAUACAAUGGUCAGCAAUACCAUUUGUUAAAACAUAUUUGUAAAUGCUAGAUCUUUUGUUCUGCCAAAGUAUAUUUAUUAACGUGAAUUUGCAAUAAAAUAGGUGAUAUGUAAUAA